AUGAGGGUUGUUACAGCUUCUGACGAUGGAAAGAAGACUGGAUUUGUCAUCGUUAGAAAGACAUCAGAUGCAGGAGAUAAUGGCAAAAAAUCAAGACUUACCCUUGCUUAUGAAAAAAGUGGUUAUUAUAGAGACAACAGAAAGAUCAAGGGGGAACGAUUGAGGUUGACAGGUUCUAAAAAGUGUGGAUGCCCAUUUCUAUUAAGGGGGGAAAAAUUACCUACAAAUGAUGAGUGGAUGUUGCAUGUCUUAUGUGGAGUGCACAAUCAUCCGUCUGCUGAAUAUCUUGAAGGGCACUCAUUUGCUGGCAGAUUAUCUAAAGAGGAAACAUCCUUAUUAGUUGACAUGUCGAAGAGUAUGCUUGCGACCAAAAGAGAUAUUGGUUACAUUGAAACCAAGGGAUGCCUUUAA